GUUGUUCAAACUGAAACAGUGCUUAUGAUCCUUUUGCGGCUUGCUGAAGACGUGAUUUCAAUGGACAGCCACCUACAGUCCAACAGAAAGAAACAGAUUACCCAGGAGUUAAACACACAGGCACAAGGACUGUUUAACUUUUUCAUUGAAACACUGCAGAUUAAUACAACUAAAUAUAGAACUUUAAAGGUAUAGAGUAACAAUAGUAAUAAACCUGUUACUUGUUUUUAGGGUUUACCUUGGUGUAAAAACCUGUGAAGUUUUUCUUUGUUUUCUAGCUACAUGUAUUAUUUUUCUUGGCUCUGUUGUGUUGUCUUCUCAGUGGCUUCUUUGUAUUCAUUGUUUUGCGUCACUCGUGAGUUUCACAGUCAGGUUUUUACCCCGAGGGAGAGCCUGUUUUUAUCAUACAUAACCUUCCAUAAUUUCAUAGUCCUAGUUAUGGCAAGAUUAUUAUUUUUUGUCAUUCUGACUUUAAAAUCUAUGGAUGAAAAUAAUUUGUUACGAAAAGGUUAAAGGCUUGUUUAUAGUGGAAUGUGCGAUAGCUUAUCCAGCUAGUCUACAGGUACUCCACUUAAAGCAUUAGAGACAAAAUAUUCAAAUAUAAUACGACAGGAUUAAAAAACCCUUUUCACAUCCUUUGUUGUGCUAAAAAUUGUCCUGUGUGACAAAUCUGUUUCCAAGGGAUCUUGCCAGUACAUUUCUGUUGGACUAAAAAUUUUUGUUGCAAAUCUUCCAGUGAAACGUCACUUUUACACUGAUCCAAAGCUUUUUGUGCAGUUGUCUAUUCCUUUUAGACAGAUCAAAAAAGAAGAAACCUGCUGUUCAUAAUACUUAUUAUUCUGUUACUUUUUGUCUGUAUCCCAGGCUUCAGUUCAUCUGCGUCUAGCAGAACAGACACUACUCACACUUACAGGAUACCUAGACUGGGUGAAGUUUGCAGUGCUGUACACACAGAACUGUAUCAUUCUACAAAUGCUGUGCCUGCUACUGGAGGAAGAUGCACUCAAAAUAAGAGCUGCUGACUGCCUGCUUAUGAUCGUCAGUAGAAAGGUGAGUAUAUAAGGUUCUGGGAAACUAGCUGUCCACCCAUCCCUUCCCAAACUAACAUGAGCACAAAAUGAGAGGGGUAGGUGGAUUCUAGAACUGCCCACCUAGUCUCCUCCCUUAUAAGCCAAUAUUGACACUUACUUCUCAUUUAGGACAAAAUGUUUGGUUAGGGGAGGGGUACAAGUGUAGGUUGAUUCUAGGAACUGCCCACUUACCCCGUCCCCCGGGCAAAAUGUUGAGUUAGGGGAGGGGUUGGUGGAUUCUAUGACUGCCCACCCACUCUUCCCUUAACCUAAUGUUCAAGCAAACUAACUGCUCACUUUGGGCAAAAUGUUGAGUUUAUAGGGGAGGGGUAGGUAAAAAAUUUCCCAGAAUACAUUACUGAUCUCAUUAGGCUUCAAAACAUACAAGUCCCAAUUUUCUAACAAACUGAGUUAUUAAUUGAACAAGUAAGUGCUACAACAUGAGACUUCUGUAACGAGCAAGCCCCAAGUGUGAUCAGCAUCCAAUUUCUCCCUGUUCUAUCAAUGCAUUAUGUAACAGAGGGGUCAAGAGAAUUCAGGACAUGAUCACAUAAAAUGGAUUCAAUUCAUAUUGAUACUUUAAAAACUUCUCCCCACUAUUUUUGAGAUGUAUAGGGGCAGCAAAAGAAAAUUCAAUUUUAAUGAUAUUAGGUGGUAAAUAUGUGUUUUGACAUUAAGCAAGCCCAGGUCCAUGAAAGAAUGUGAUCAUUUUCCAAAAAUGUGAGAACCCAUCAGGUACUGUAUGCUUCUAGAGGGGGUGGGUCAUGCAUUCAAUAAGGACCAGUCAAACUAGUAAACAUGUCAUUUCCCUUUGACUGUUUCCUGUAAAACAGUAAAAGCCAAUAUAGAAUUGUUUAAUGUGAAUAUUCUCAAUAAAAAUUUGGUUCUAGGGAAAGUCAAGUGAAAGGACACCAUUGCUAAAACUGUUCAGUGAGGAUGCCAUGAGCAUCAUGCUGUCUGCUGCCCAGUAAGUAUAUUUAGCGAUAUCAUUACAAUAAUAAUAUAUUUUUAAAAAGGUGUUGGAACAUAGCCAAAAGAAUUCACACUUUUAGAUAGAUUAGAGCAUUUAUUUUGAAUUUGAAAUGCAUCCCCAAACUACAUGUAAUUCAUAAUACUAGAAGUAACCAUAUAAAGAUAUUCAGUCAAUCAGUUUGUUGAUUGGUCGAUUCAUUUGUCAGUUGGUCAUUUGUCAGUCAGUCAGUCAGUCAGUCAAUCAAUCAAUCAAACAAUGAAUCAAUCAACCAAUCAUUCAAGAAAACAAAGAAAAUCACUACCACUACCAUGAGUGAAGACUGGGAAUGCGAUCCAGUCUUUUAUCAGAAUGAAAACUUUUGCCUUGAUUGUUGUUAGAGUUAUUGAGCUGUUGAAAAGUACAAUACAAAGAUGUGCAAAAGUGUGUUGUCUGAUGUUCAGUCAUCUUAACUUGGCAACAAAAAAAUCUCACGUUAAGCAAAAGAAAGUUUCCAACCUGCAUAGUUUUCCCACAUUGCCACAGAAUCAUGAUUCUAAGACAUCAUUAAAUAAUUUUUUCUUAAUGUAAUUUUUUAGGAGAUCAGUUACUGCAGAAUUUGAUGAAAGACAGUAUCUUUUCUUGAAAAGAUUGUGCCAGGUUUUGGUGACCUUAGGUGAAGCACAGCUCUUCCAUUUGUGGGUAAGGUGAUUCAACACAAGUUGUUCUGUGGAAGUUAGUAGAUUAUUUAUAAGGAUUACAGUCACUGUAUUGGAAUUUUGUUUUGGAUGCUGUUGGUUAAAAGUCAUUGAAAUACCAAUGGUACUGUAAUGUGUCUUCAGGGCUCUUACAGUAGAUCAAACAUGUUGGUCCAAUAUUAUCUGGAACAUGUUGCUCUAACAUCAUCCACGGCAUUGGUCUCACAUCAAUCAACAUGUUGGUCCAACAUCAUCCAACAUGCUGGUCCAGUUGAAUUCAUUCAAUAAAACUGGAUCCAUGUGAACACCUUGUAUGGAGAAUAUGCAUGGUGAUAUCAAGGUCUGAUAGGCUAAAUAUUGCAAGAUAAGAGAUAAAUUAUGUGUCAUUCAUAAGGAGUCACUGUUUAUGUUGAUUUUCUACUAAUGUUUGUUCUUUAGAAUGCUACUUAUCCAAAUGAGAAACCUCCAAACUUCAAACAAUAUUUGGAAGCACUUUUAGCAUUUGCAAAGCAUGAGAGCUUGGUAAGUUAUUCCAAAUUAAUCGGUUUCUUUUGUGUUUGGACCCUCAAUCUGAGAUCUUCCUUUCCAUUCUAUUCUUGCUCUGGCCAGUGUCUAAAAAUGUCAAUUUAGUAUAUACCUCCAGUCUGUAAACAGUAAAUUGCUCUGUCAUGUACCCAGUAGACAGAAAAAGGGGGCUUAAUCAGUUAAUUUCUAGAAUGCACUUUUAUUUUCUGCCCAAAGUUUCGAUCAAGUGUUGCAAAAGCUAAUAAUUUGUGACAAAUUUGUCACAUAUCAGUUUUAUACCAGAAGUAAAAUAAUAACAAAGGUAAAAGCAUUCUCAAACGAAGUUACAUUUGAUUACAAGCUAUUAUUAAAUAAUGGCAGUUUCAAUUCUUGUUUAUUCUGGGGCUAGAGAAAACAGUCCAGAUAAUCAAGUAGCCAAGUUAACUGAGGAGUGGACUUCCAAGGCUUAACUGCACAUACAUGAAUAAUGCAAUAUUGUACAGUGUUUGUAGGCUUGUUCCUGGCAAUGACUCCUGUUUUUUGAUUUAGUUUUUGGUUGAUGUUACUUUCUUUCAGACCAUAUCUCAUCUAACAAAUACAGUGUGGCUUGCAUUUCUAAGAAAUCCUGUUAUAGCCAGGGAUGAAACAUAUACAUCAAUAUUUCCAGCACUCUUGGAAAUAUCAAAAGCUAAGCUUUUUAAGGUAUCAAUCAUUUUUUAAAACUUCAUACAAUUUACCUUGCUCCUGUAAGCCGACAAGGUUAGUAGUGCAAUGUUAGUGUGUGGCUUGGUUGUGGGGGUUUUCUGCUUAAGGCAGGUGAAAAUUACAGUGGUUUUUUAUGUGUCAGGGACCGAAAAUAAGAGUCCACAUUCGAGAGGUGUCUAUUAGCGUAGGCUUGACUCAUCUGUGCAUUAUGAAAUGAAUUAUGAUUAAAUGUUGUGUUUAGGGUUUGUACAGAGUCUUGAAAUUUGCCCAGCAAUUUUCCAGAUCUGGAAAAAGUCUGGGAAAUGGAGACUACAGUCUAGAAAAGUGGUAAAAAGUCUUAAGUUUUUUUUUUCAAUGCGACAACAAGUGCUUUAGAAGUGAAUUCAGUCUUAACUUGCUCGUAUGUUUGCAGUGCACCAUGCAAAAGCUUUGUUCUUGCAUUUUUCAAGGUCUAUAUUGAUCACCAAUUUGAUAACCUUGAGUCUGGAAAAAAUAUAUGUUGUUUUGGAAAAAAGUAUAGAAAAAGUCUUGAAUUUUGGAUCCAAAAAUCUGUAUGAACCCUUUGUGUUGGUGUACAUGUAGAGUACCCUCUGCCUUCUUACUGAUUUAAACAUUUUUUGUUAAAUUUUAUCAUGAUAUAAAUUGCUCAAACACUAUUUGAAAUUAGACAUGAAUACCUCGACAGUUAGUCAAGGGCAAGGAGGAAUUGACGAAUUCUUCAAUUUUCUACUUUUAUUUAGGUCAAUCACCCAGAAGAUAGCGACUCACCUGGGAGUAUUUUUAACAAAGAGGACUUUAACAGCAUGAGGGAAUUCACUUCGGUUAAUGGACGUAAGAAUGGAUCCUUUAUAUUUUGGCUGGAAACUUACAUAAGAACAUACAUUUCUAUGAUGUAGUUACUAUUUCCAAGUUUAUCUGUUUUAUUUCAAGAAGUGUGAACUUUUAAACCAGGCAUUAAAAAUCAAAACGGUUGAUUAAAAUCAAAGAGAUGCGAAGCCUGUGAACACUUGAAUUGCUCAUAAUUAUCAGGCAGGGAUUUACAUUUACACUUUGUUCCCUGAGCAUUAAAAUUAGAAUUUUCAUGGCACACAGAUAAUAUCUGAAAAACGAUCAGGCUAAAAAAUUUCAAAAACGCCAGUUGCAGUCCGUCUUAAUAAGUUUUCAGUCUUCAUAAGUUUUCAGUUUUAGCAAUCUGUGCCUUCUUUUGAAUUUGCUGUAUUGUUUAAACUUUUGCUUAGGCAGGAGCACCUACCAAAAAGACAGCAUUGUUAAACGUAUUUUAGCAUUAAACGGUAGAUAUAGGCAUCUUUUUAUCCCCUAAAAAUUUUUCGCUUGUUCAGAUUUCCUAGCUGAAAGUCUAGUGAUCCGAAAACUAUAGGGAUCACAACUUACCUUUUGUAAAAUUUCAGCCAGAAUAAAGGCUCCCGAAAAUUCUAGGUGACCUUUUUACGGUAAAAAUCCGUUAAAAAUCGGCAAUUAUACCAUUUUUCAGAUGUUCAAAAAUCCUAGGAGAGGCAGGCGAGCAGGAAAUUUUACAACAAAUGUUCCGAAAAUUCUAGAUCUCAAAUCGUCUUCCGAACAGAUAUUUUCCGAAAAUUGACGUUGGGUGCCCCUGUUAAGGGCUUAUAUUUAAGUUUCCCCCAAUUUGGUGACCGAUUUUUAGUGAAUAAAUUUGGCUGAAUUUCAUGAUGCACUUACGUCUAAUAAAUACACUCUCUGGGUGACACCAGGUGAAUAUAUCACAUACCCCCUCAUUGUAGGUAAAAAACCCCUACUUAUUUUUUGGUAACAUGGUCAUGUUUCAGAGGUCAGAGGCGAGGUCAUGGACAUUGUUCGUCAGCUAACUCUAGUCUAUCCUGUUGAGACGUUCGUAUUUGGAGCUGGUUGGUUGUUACAAAGAGCUACUCACAUGCCUGCUCCAGAUGCUAAGAGUAAGUGUAAUGGGUUAAAGUCAAAUCUGUAUAAAAAUGCAUAAACGGCGAAGACGUUUGCAAUGAAGUACCAGUUUUAAAGUGUGACUGCACACAGAAUACUGACUGUUUUAUUACGUAGAUGUAAUAAAAGAUACCUGCGAGCUACAAUCCCGGCCAUAAUUGUUGAAACGCUUGCGACCUUUUUCUUCUCUUUCCUUUCAAUUUUGAUUUGGAAGACGUUUAUGCCCAGGCAAACGCGUGAAACCAACAGUGUGGGAAGGGGAGGGAAGUAAUAAAUAUAUUUAUGAACGACUAAUUUUAUGUUGUGUUUUCCGGAAGUGUUUCAACAAAUUAUGACAGGAAUUGUAGGUCUGCCAGGCUUUAAAUUUGGAUUGAGCCAGUUAUGACAGCAACAUAAGAAUAUGAACAGGGUUUGAUUUUUGUGUUUUAAUACGUGCUGUUUUUAGUCAGUGUUCGUGAAACAGAACAAGCCAUACAGGAGUGGGAUGGACUGACUCGGUACCUGGAUGCUGUAAUGUCCAGAUUUCUUAAAGUGGAAAAUCACAAGGCAAGGUUACAUUAAUGUAUUCCCUACACGUAGAAGAUAUUUUUAUGCUACCAUUGUAGGUAUUUUCGCAUACAUUACUGUUACAUAGCACUACUUUCAGAUGUGAAUUUUAAUCAACCGUCAUUUUCAAGACACCAACAAACUAGUGAUAUAAACAACACCAAGGCUUUGUGCUGUUUAAUCAAAGUUGCAAUAAAUGCAAUCAUCUAGAAUUUCGAAAGAUCAAAUUAGUGUUGCCAUUAACAGUCCAACGCAAAUGUUCAGAUUCAUAAGAAAGGUCACAAUACAAAUGACCAAUGAAGCUCAAUGAUGACCACAUCAAUUUUUUGGAAGGCAGGAGAAAUUGAGAGAGAUGAUAAUGAAAGGUAGAGAAGACAUGAAGAUAUAAGUGUGUGUGUCUCAACUUUCGUAACUUCUUAUUGACAGGAAAUCAUUCAAAGCCAAGUAACAUUUCAAGGGUCAUCAGUAGGAUUUAUUGCAUUGGCCAGGAAAUGCAUUCAGGCUGUCUUGGAAGUUGAUUCAAAGGUAGGUCAUAUCCAGCUUGAAGUCAAGUAUAUUACCUUGUUAAGUGUAAUUGCCACUCCUGCAGCAAGGUGCCUCCCGUAACAACUCAUUCAAAUGGUGAUACUCUGACAUCAGUAUUCUCAUCUUGGCGUAUUUGAAAAACGAGCCAAGCGCUCCUUGAGUUUCGCUAUAAGCCAGCUUGAACAGCAAGUAACCAAGGAAAAUUGUGCAGGGAGCUAAUAGCGUCUGACCUUCUGCAAAGAUUUAUCUUUCCUUUCUAUGGUAUCUUUUCAUGUUUUUGUUACCAGUUCAGUUUACCACUCUGGUUCUGCUUCUUUCGUUUUUUUUAACGUUUCUGAUUUUUCCUUCGGCGGUGAACGAAAGCUAAUGAAAGCUACACUUUUUUCAGAUCUCAGAUAUCCUUGCAAGUGUAACAGAUGCCAUUCAAGCUUUUUAUCCUUUUCUACAACACAACAAAGACUUGGUUAUGGAUGUCUUAAGAAAGGUAGCACGCAGUUAACUUCAUUUGCGUAUUUUUUUGGUUUAAAGUAACAUGACAUCAUACUUUAUAAAGAGUUGCGAAAAGUAGGCGGAAGUGAAGUUGGACAUAUCUUACGCUAAUAAAAGGGAGGAGUUACACCAGAGAGUUUGGUAGCGUUAUUUGGCAGAAGACACUAUCUAUCGUCGAUGUUUAGUGUCCUGUGCAGGUUUUAGAGCAGUUUGGCCUUUUCAUUACCUUAAGUAUUUUCCGAAAAGCCUGUGAAAUAGUACCAUUAUAGAGGCUGUACAUAGGUGCAAGAUCGUUGCAAGUAAAAGGGAGACUGAGUGAGUUGUUGGCUGUUGGGCUAGAGAAACAGAUCGGAGAAGUGACCGUUUUAAUUGCUGAACCUCGCUGGCCUUAAAAGAAGGUUCAACCUAAAGAAUGAAAUUGCAAAGAAGGAGGAGAACUACCAUCCCUAAGCUAUGUUGAACUGUAUCAUUUCGAUUGAAGACCUCCAGCGAGAUUUUAAAAAUCAGAGAGAUCCCAUAUAGUAACUGUUGCCCGUAAAUAUAUAUACAUAUCCACUGCCAUGAGUGGAUUCUAUGGUGUAUUCAUUGUCUUGGGCAAGGUGGCUCCCUUUCUUAGAUAUGACAGGUGGAUAUUGGCUUGCAAACUUGAAAGCAAAUGUCCAGGACAAGCUGCAUUUUCUGCUGGAAAGGUGCCGGGCACUAAUGAGUAACACCGCUUUUAGUCUGUGUAAUGCUCCAAAUACCUUUCAAUAUCUAAUUUAAUCUGCAUGUGCACGUUUGACCCUAGAAAUCGCCCUUUUUCGCAUGUUCACAAAGGUAAAAUAACAUUUUGUGCCGUAGACUAAAGUCUACCUUUGCCUCUCCAUCUGUCAACGAACAUUUUGGACCUUCUACCAGUCAAUGAUUUUGGAAAAAAUUGUUUGCCGUAUUGCAAAUGACACUGAGAAUGAUCCCUACCUGAUCAGUCAUAUUAAGUGGCUGCUUAUGUCUUGGUGAAAAGGUUUCUGAACUGUUGCAGCGUGCCUUGUAACCUUUACUCUGGUGAAAGACGUAAAGUUGGAACUUCACUGAGCUAGAUAACGUUCGGAGGGUCCAACUGGAUAGCAUGGUUAAGACACAAAAGAGCCCUCAAGGGAAGAGGAUAAAAGCAUAGACCUCAUUGUUAUUAAUUUUGUGUAUGUCUUGUUUUUUUCAGGUGUUUACAGUAGUUUUGUUUAACACAACUGGAAACCCUAAGGUAUUAGCCUGACGAAAGUCAUAAUUUUCCGUUUUUACUUUAUCACUACAUUUUCCUUCUGUGGGUCACUUUUUCUCUCUUUUUGAUUCUGUUAAUUACACAAGUGCUGUUUGGUGAAAUGAUGAUUGGUUGAUGUGUCAUGUGCAGAUAGACAUGGGUGUACUGAAAUCCGAAUUGAAAAGAUUGUUUUUAUACAUUCGAUGUAUUUCAAGACCCAAUGUAAUCUGAUUAUCACCUUUUUAUGUGGACAAUUCUUAAGUCCUCGACCUGUUUGUUACUGACGUUGAUAGCAUGUGACUGCUGUAUUUUUAUAGUCUUACUAGUCAUCUUCCUUUUGUCUCUUCAGGGUCCUUGGAGUCUUGAUGUUCUUCAUGCUCGCCGCCAUGCAUGUAGCGCAGUUGUGAAACUUUGUAAAGAAUUUGGAGGAUUGCUUGUGGUAGGCGUUUUUCAUCAUGGAGUAAGGGACCUGACCAUUUUCCUGUGGUAUCAUAUAUGACAGUGGGUUGCCCGUUUCUUUGCUCCAUACAUAACUUUUCUUUCUUGUUUCUUACCCGUGCAUGUUUCAUUCAAUUUCCUCCUCCUGCUUUUGCCAUUGCCAGAGUAUUUUUUUCCAGUAUAUUUGUAUUAAAUUAUUUGUGCAUCUUAAUCAGUAGAAGUGUGUUUAGUUUAAAAAUAAGUGUAGACAGUCCAAAACCUUUAAACUUAUGAAAGUAAGUCAUUUGUAAUGACCACCAACGCCUCUAGAACACAGUCCAGCGCUUUGUGGUUUUGCUGUAGAGAAAUUAGCGUUCCUGAUAGCAAAGUCUUCCUUCCCCUUGUAUUUGAAUCGGAGAUGAAAACACAAUAAAAAAUAAUACUGCUGGCAGUUUAGGAAGAAGGCCAAGGACCAAUUUUAAGGAUUUGUCUAAUACACCUUUUCUUGGUUUUCAGCCUGUUUUUGGUGCUCUGAAACAACAUGUUCAUGCUUUAUUUGAGGAAGAACUGGUAGCUGUCAAGGAAGCAAGCACUUUAACAGAAGCAUUAGUGAUUGCCAGGUAAGAUAAACUUGUUUUCAUUUCCCCAGAUUGAUGGUCCAUUUUUAAUUGUAAUUGUAAUUAAUUUGUAAUUGUUAAGCUUUUACCCAUGGAGCACUGAGGAGUUCUUAAGAAGUCGUUGAAAUGUGUCCAGAUCGAAUUGGAAUUUGGACUUGUUGGUUUUUAAGGAGAGGGGAAACCGGAGUACCUGGAGAGAAAUCUCUCUGAGCAAGGGAAAGAACCAAGAACAAACUCAACCCACAUAUGGAGUCAGCGCCGAGAUUCAAACCCAAGCCACAUUAGUGUGAGGCGAGUGCUCUCACCACUGCACCACCAUUGUCACCCAUUGUUUUGAGUCACCCACUUACUUUGUAGCUUUCAGGUUUGAAAAGUAAUGUCUUGUUUGUUCACGCAGUGUUUUUCCCUACUGUCCCAUUUUUUGAUUAGCAAUCAUUUGGGUAAAGAGAAACAAGAUGCAUUUCUCAGUGAGCUGAUGGCUCCAGUAAGGGAAAUCUGGAUGAGUGAAAGAAUCCAACAGUAAGUUUGUGAGGUUCAACCUUUCCAGCCAAGAGUUGAUUCUAGAAGAAUGGACGUAGUCUUAAGUUUAGAGUGUGUGGGUUAAAUUCUACAGAGUGUGAUCAUUAAAAUCGUUAUUUAUGAGUACUUUGGCAUGAUACUGUUUGUCGUGAAAUAUUGGACAUACUAAGUGUGAGGAUUUUGCGGGACUUCCUUGGCGGGCUUCCCUUAAGAGUGAAACCAAUAGAUCAAGGAAUUUAACCCUGCUACUUUGUCUCACUCAUAAAAGAUCUGAAUUAAGAACUCAGGUAAAAAUGGCAAUUUUUGCCUUGUGAAUAGGUGGCAAAGUAACAAACGGUACAAGAUCAUGAAGGCGUGUUACUUAAAUGGUUAUGUAAUUUCAUUUUGUCAUUCUCCCAUUUUUAUAGUAAAACCCUUCUCUGUAGUUAGUGUCUUCACUUCUAUAAGCAUCGCACACUCGAAGGUAGUUACUAACACAUUAGAGUAGAUGGACGGUUUUUCUUCAUAUUUUUUUAGUGAGUAAGUAUAGUUACACUACCUUGUUACUCAGUCCCAGUACCUUGUUACUAAGUCCCAGUAUCUACAUACUAACUCUCAAGACUGAUCUCCAUACAUUUUCUUAAAAGACUUUGUUGGGAGAAUUUGAUAGCAGAUCAAAGGAUUUUCCCUUCGAUGAUCAUUUUAUCAAUUCUCACAACCUUUUAUCUGAAUGACGUAUGAUUAUUGUUUGGAGAAAACUGAUAUUGACACUGUGAUAUUCUUUUCAUGGAUAGGGCUAUCUCAUCUCCAGCAAGCUUUGUGUCAUUUAUCGGACUAGACCAAGACCCCGCCUUGUUAACCCAGAAUGGUACUGAGAGGUUUUCUUUUAACUUAGGAAAUACGUCGAAAGUUUUCUGUAAACCGAGUUAUCAGAGGACAUUCAGCUUUGUCGGCAGUUAUUAUAAUAACUUGAAGUUUACUUAGAGAUGUUAUGUUUGGUGUUGGUUAACUUUCUGAAGAAAAUUAGCUCAAUGUCCUCGUAAAUGGGUGAAUGCUGUUAAGAUUAAUUCUCAAUUUUCUAUCUUUUCAGAAGAGUUAAAGAAGAGGAGAUUUGAUGUGAGUAUUGAUGUAGCGAUAUAAAAGACCACAACGUAACCUCAACUGGUGUAAAAAAAAAUCGUAGUUUCACGGCUAAUAGCAUAUUUUUCAGAUGUCAGAUUUUAAUUUCAGUGAAUUGAUCAUUAACAGUCGGAGGAUUUGGCUGUUGCAGUUCACUAUGAUUCAAUAGUUUUAAAUACACUUGUUUAUACUACUAGAUGAGAAAUUUCUGCAAUUUGAUUGGCUUAGAGCAGUGGUAUUUCAGCUUAAUUUGAAAUACCUACAUGUGAAAAUUACAAACCUUUUGCGGGCAGUAGUAUAAACAAAUAAUAGCAUUCGUGAUAUUUCAAAAUUGUCUCAAAUUUCACUCACCUAACGGCUCGUGAAAUUUCGUAUAACAAUUUCGAAGUAUCACUCGUGGUAUUAAUGCCAAAUAUCACUACAAAUCAUGCUAUUACCUAUACUAAUUACACUGAAGGGAACGUUUUGCUGGUAUCUGCACCAUUUAGUUUAAUUUCUCUGCAAAACGACAUCUUGGUAAACUAAAACUGAAUUCCUAGGUUUGUGAUUUUGUUGUCGUGACAUUGCUGCCACUUAAGUUUUGAUUCCCCAAUCUUCUAUUUUCGUUUUCAGGUUAUGUUUUGUGUCACCACCAUAAUGGCGGUUGUCCGAAGUUGUUCUUUAAUCAACAUUGAGGUUUGCAUUUAUUUAGAUUGUUUUGCUUUAUUAACUCGAAAAUAGCUCGCGACAGAUUGUUUAUUUCUAGGGAGAUAAAAUAAAUACACUCCUCGUACAUUUUCCUUAUAUUAUCUCGCUGCCAUUACAAAGUCCUACAAUACAGCUGGAUAGUAAAAGAUCGAAAAAGAGCUCCUAAUAAUCUCGAAACCACCUUUGUUUGAGUUUAAAAAAGUAGAGAAAAGGCAUUUCAACAGAUUUUUCUUGUUACAUUAACAUUUUUUACGUUAGCAUUUUCCGUGUUUUAAGGUUUACGCACUAGAAUUACAAGUGGCAUUUUCCUCAUGCUUGAUUUUAAAAUUGAAUACCUUCCUAACUGUUUACGGUCGUUUCGCCUACGAGUCGUUUCGCCACCUCCUGUUCGGCAACUUCUGAAGUCGUUUCGCGUACGUGUUGGGUCAGUUCCCUAACUGCCUUCGCCUGAUCAGUGGCUGAAAGAACGAGGUAUACACAUGCGCAUCGCACUAUUUUGUAAAUUUAAAAUUGUAAAACUGACGCUGUUAUUAUAAGAAUCUUAACCGACGUUUCGGCAAUGCUGCCUUCUUCAGUGUAUACAAGACUAAAUACCCAAGGCAGCAUUGCCGAAACGUCGGUUAAGAUUCUUAUAAUAACAGCGUCAGUUUUACAAUUUCUAAAUUUACAUUAAGUACUACGCUGCGCAGGUUUUUCAAUCUUUAUUUGCACUAUUUUGUACCCUGGCUGAGAGAACGAAACACAUACAUGCACAGCGCAAGUUUCGCUUCUUAGCGGAACGACUAAUACGUUAACGAACGGAACGUUAGCGAAACGACUCGUGGGCCAAACGACCGGUCACCUUCCUAACCCUUGCAAUGCUAACGGUCUGUUGUAAACUGGUUAUAACUUGUUUCUGUGCAGACGGCGACCAGAGAGGGGCUGUCCAUUGGGUCGAUGCCUAAUGGGACUCCUUAUGUGCACAAUCCCUGUGCACCGUAUGNCGAACGGAACGUUAGCGAAACGACUCGUGGGCCAAACGACCGGUCACCUUCCUAACCCUUGCAAUGCUAACGGUCUGUUGUAAACUGGUUAUAACUUGUUUCUGUGCAGACGGCGACCAGAGAGGGGCUGUCCAUUGGGUCGAUGCCUAAUGGGACUCCUUAUGUGCACAAUCCCUGUGCACCGUAUGUUGUGCCAUUACUUGGCAAUCUUAUGCUGCUAGCAAAGUAAGUGGUUUGUCUUUAUUGCAAGUAAUUCCACUUUUGUGCCUGUCGGCUAAGGCAGAGUCGUUAUGUUUGUUCUUUACAAGUGGUUUUAUCAGGAGCCAUAGCCUAUGGUUUGAGUGAUACGUGUCCUCGGAAAGAAGGGAAUCAUCUAUUCAGAGUCGUGUUCGUGUUGUUUUUUGGAAUCUAGUUGAGAGGCAACAGCUCCGCAAGAUCAAACAUGAGUCACCAACAACAGUUUUUUUUAACGGAAAACAAAGCAAGCCACGCUGGGGUUCAGCUUUUGUAAUCUAGCUACGAUUUUUUUGUUACUCCUUUUUAGUAUUAUACCAAAGCAUGAGACACUGUACGGUACACUGAAGUAUUUCAUCCCCAGCAGCCCUUUUAAAACUUCGAUUACACGUAAUCUUCUACAGACCUUAACAAUGUUCUGGAUUCCCUACUGAAACCGUGUUAUUCUUCAGUUAUUUGAUUUACUAUUCGUUAGGCAGAGUCCUUCCUAAGACGGACAUUUGGCUGUUAGCCCCCCAGGGAUAGCUGUCUGUAUUAUUAAUUUAGGUUAUUUUUAUGUAGGUGUUUCAAUAGCCUGUAUGAUCCUGCAGUAAAAAGAAGUAUGAUGGGAGACUACCUGGCUGCACUAGACAUGCAUGACCUUGACACUAGUGCUAUUUAUGGUGAGGAAUACUUUGCUAGUGAGAUAACAUUUUUGAGCCUCUCUAUGGGUAACUAAGGACGUCGUUUUUAUCGCGCGUUUUCCGUAAAAUGGUCGCAUAUAUAUCAAGAAUUGUUUUACGUGUUAACGCUAAUAGCCAGCUAGAACAACCACGGAAACAAAAAACUUAAAAGCAAAAGGUUAAAUAAGAAGAACGUGCAGCCCAAUUUUUGGUAGAUUUUUUUUGCCCGCCAUCGUACGACGUAUGUUGUCAAACGUGAUCAAAAAUUGUCAAUGUAAACGUCUCUUUAAUCGCUAAGAUCUUCGUUUGAUCAAUAGCGAUCGUGGCGACUUCGAUUUCGUCGGAAAUACCCAUACAGAGUCUUAUUUGUAAUAAAUGGCGUGAUGUGAUAUAAGAGACGAACUCAGCAAAACCUCUGAGUCGCAAAUGGGAAAUGAAACCAUGAUCCUCCGUACACUAGUGUGAUGCUUUAACCGCUGAGCUACUGAGAACUGGGUGGUGAGCAAGUCAUUUGUGGGCUGACAUAAUUAUUGCAGCGCCGUCACAUUAUGUAAAAUUUGGCCGUGACUAUUGACAAUAAAAAUAAUAAAAAUGAUAGUAACCGUUAGUAUUUUACUUUUAGUGUAAAAACGUUUUUCCACUGAAAAUAGAAAUCAAUUGAGCGUUUUCACUCACGUGGCCAACAUCUGUGCAAAUUCAUGGAAACAAAAGAAGGCGUUUACAUAAGAAAAGAGUUCAACUCCCACAAGUUAAUAAGACUGGCCUGGACCACCAACAUGGCCACAGCGACGUCAUGUGAAAACGCUCUUUAAGAGUGAAAAUGUCCGUUUAUAUUAGCGACACUAACCUACCCACCACAUUCUUAAUUUUUUUUCAGUUCUUUCGCAUGGUCAAGACAAAGAUAGAAGUGGAGUUCCAACCGUUUUUAAGCCGAUUCAUGCCACAAAAGCGUACCUUUAUUACUUAGCAGAUUCAUGGUUCGUGCUAAAAACGUUUUUAAACCGAUUCAUGCCACAAAAGCGUACCUUUAUUAUUAGCAGAUUCAUGGUUCGUGCUAGAAACGUUAAAUUGUAAUUAUCAAGUACGCACUUAACGGAGUUGUUUUGAUAGGAAUAAGGCUCAGCUAUUAAUGUGGGAGUGUCUAAAAGAAAGCUUCUAUUGACGUUAAGAAAGUGAUUGAUUUCCUUCGAAAGUUUCUUUUAUUCUACUUCGAUAAACCUUUCUAUUGGCCAGCGUCGCAGAGGUAAUGUAACCCUGGUUAGUAACGUCUGUGAAGCAAGGCCGAUUUUCUUGUUCUGGGUCCUUAAAGGACUCGACGAAUUACUGGAAAUGCGUUUCGAAUUUCCCUUCAACUUGAUUGGCAAAUCGACAAUACCACUUAUAACAGGCAUAUCAUGGCGCGUAUUCAAAUCGUUGCGCACGGGUGGGUCGAAAACAAGGAUUCGGUGCUGUUUGGCAGACCGACUUAACCAGAAGUUUAGUUCUGUCUGUGACACAGGUUACCCUUUUUUUUGACUCGAUGUUAUUUGGAAUUGCAUAGUGCCAACAGUAGGACAAAAACGCAUUUUUUCGUUCCAGAAGUAGGGGUACCUUUGAAGGCUAGACGUGAAAAAAAAAAUGAACUCAUGCAUUUUGAGCAACAGUGUUAGGUGAAACCUCCUUGCUCUAUUGACGUUAAAUAUCACUUAAAAAGAGGAGGAGCAUACGUUGAAAUGUUUAGAGGGCUUGUUCAAAGAAAAGGGCAAGUCAUGAAUUUGGCUUGAAAUCUAAAUCGUAUCAAAUGAGUUCUAUUUUACAACAGAGCCAGAUUAUCGUGAAAAUGCUAUCAUUCUUGAUCAUUCCGGGAGGAGCAAGCUUUGAAUUAAAAAUAGGUGAUUGCUUGGCUUAAACAUUUUAAGGAGGUAGCACAAGGAUCAUGUGAUUCUCUGGUUUUACUAGGUUAUAAUUUAGCACAGUGAUGGAAAGUUGUGUUUCUCUUCAGUUGAAUAGCAAAUAAAAGGCAAAUCGAAAAAGCCAAAUUUUUACUCCAGUUAUUUUCAAAAGCUUUGUAACUAGUUUAUUACUUAUGCUACGUAAGGAAUCCCUUAAAUAGAGGUUUUCUUAAAGAAAAUCGGAUGUCAACGUUGAAUGUCGCUUCAACCCAUCUUCCGCCUACCUCUUUACGUUUAUUUUGUCCACUUCUCAUUCUCUCUCGUUAUAUUUUUCCACCUUCUCUCUUUUUUAAUAAUUCAGCUACCAUGCUCUGGGAUAUGCUGGAGCCUGUCUUAGCCAUGAUUUUUACAGCGUUCCUGGCCUACCAGAACUCAUUAAAGAGAAUGUUGUGAAGUCUUUAACAUAUGUUCCCAACUACAGACUGAGGUUUGUUGUACGUAUCCUUUGAAUAAACUUACGAGAGUUACUAUUUCCUUCUGUGUCGCAUCAUUAAACAGUAGAGGGUCGCCAGGUCGGAUGAACCAGAAGGAAAGGAAGUGGGAACAAGGACAAUAGGGAGCUUAAGCAACGCCGACGGCGACGGCUACGAAAACGUCACUUACAAAGUGAAUUCGCUCUGCCUCAAACUUAAUCGCGCUUUGUACAUCUCGUUCAAUUCGUCAAAUGUUGUCAAGUGUUUUUGGACUUGAAUUCUAAAAUACCGUAUCAAAGUUCAGGAAAAGAAAAAGAAAGUUGUCGUCGUGUGUUCUCGUCCUCGACAAAACGUGAAAUUAGGCACUUUCACGUUGUAGUCGUGCAAUGACGGCUGAGAAAUGUACAAAAAAGGCGUGAUGCACGUGCAAAGUUGUGGUUCUGUUAAUCUAAACCUAUUGCUUUUUUGCCUUUGUCGUUGCCGUCAUCGUUGCUUAAGCUCGCUAAUAGGACUUAGGAAGCUUAAGAGAAGGAAUUAGGAGCCAGAUUUGUGAACGCUAUGAAAUAUGAGGUGACUGAGAGUCAGGGAAAGGAUUGGGUGAGAGCCACUUAGUUAGGGAUAGGAAACGAGGAAAAUGGAAGUGGGAACCAGGAAAGACCUGGAGACUUGGGUUUUUGAGAGAAGGUGGAGGCCAGUAAACUAGAAGGGUCGGGGAUAGGACAGAGGUGGCUGGGAUUCCUGGUCAGAUGUUUUGUGCGUCGGAACAAUGUAGGGGAAAAAAGAUAAAAGAAGGAGGAUGGGCAAGCAAAGGUAGAGAUCUCAAAGUGGAAAGAUAGGAAGAAAUUCAGCGAUAUUAUUAUGAUAUUACUUUCUCACAGUCCCUGAAUGUAUUCCUUGACUCCUCAUAUCAGGUAAUUUUAUGAAGUUGUUUAUCUUGCACUGCCCUGUGUAUCACCACAUAUUGCACCAACAAGGACAUGAAAGUGAAAAGAAGUGGACCUACCAAGUCCAUGGAAAAUAACUACAUAUAGUCCGACAAAAGAGCUGAAUAAUAAGAUUCUGUUAGGCAUUUUCUUUGUUUUCCUAUCAGGAUUUAUUGAAUUAUUUAUUUUGAUUGUGUGUAUGCUGUUUUAGCAUCUUGAAGAACAGUGGGAGAUUGUCAGACAGCACCAAGCCGACAGGUUAGCAACGAAAAUGUGUGAUUUUUGAAAGCAAAAUUGGGAAUUGCAAUUAGAAUUGUACUGUACAGGAAACUAUCGUUAUUGCAGGCAUCCUUCGGACUGAAAAUUAAGGCCCUUAUUAGUUAGAGUCCGUAAUAGUUGGGUGCACAGAGGACUUUUUUUGAAAAUUUCUGAGAUAAAUAAAAUGGUAUACAUCUACAUUGAAGUUAACAUCAUUUGACUCUAAAGUCAGCUUUGCGAUUUAUGGAACAAUGAUUUCCAGUGAUGUACAGCAGAAGUGAAAAUAUAACCAAAAAUACAAGGAAAUGAAUGUUAGUUGUGUUCAGGUGCUGAAAAAUGCGGCCCGGUAUCGGUAACGAAAAUCGGCUUUUUUUAAAGUGAAAGCUAUCUUUAAAUCCACAGCACAACUGAAAUGGAUGAGGAAGAAGACAACAUGGAAUCCAAAGAGAUCAUUGAGGACCAGUUGGUGUCGAUUAUCAGCAAGGAUUACUUGGAUGUUUUCAGUGAGUACCUCAUUUUGCUUGGUACUUGAUAAGCUAUCCAAUUGCCUUGCACUGGCAGAUAUUCAACUGUUUUAUUUGUUUCUCAUGCGGCGUGAUCGGCAAUAUUUAUACUUUAGUAUUGAUGUUGUUCUGCCGCGUUUUUGCGUUACUUCUAACAGCUUUUUGAGUCCUUUUACCUUUUUUUUGUCACAUUUCAAAUGUUACGUUUUGCUAACCUUGGAAAAGAUACCUCUGGGACAAGGUUAUCUACUUGUAACAGUCACUCAAGGCGGGUGCAGAAAUGGUUCUGCCAUUUGGUCUUUCUAGCACCCCAGCUGCUUUUCAGCAUUUGAUGGAAUCCGCACUUGCAUGGAGUCUGUAAAUUAAACUAAUUAUACAAGUCGUGUCGAAGGACUGCUAAAGGUUUCUGAAUCAUUUUAGCUUUAGCAUGUGUUUUAAACAAAGAGAGCAAUGCGUCGACAGGAAUGGUAGUCGCAGAAGAGGACGAACUUAAAGGUAACUUCAUUAGACUAAUAAUUUUAGUAUCACUGUCUCUGUGGUGAUUUGUUGUGUGCUGUGCUGUAUUUCUUCUUUCUUAUUUGGUACAUGACAGUUAGUAAAGAAAAGGAAAAUGCUCUGUUUCGUAGCAUUGUUUAUCUUGACUGGAUGUCUAAACAGUUUGUUGACACUCACUACAGACUGCUCUGAUAUACCCUAACUUGAUGUAUACAAAACGUUAUGUGCAAUUAACGUUAUGUGCAAUUCCCUUUUCGUAGGAUUAGAUGCCAACAAUGCCAAGUUAGGAUCAUUGGGAAGGUUGCUUUUGAGAACUGAGGUAGUAUAAAGUAACUGAUCCUUUCUUUUUCCCUGUAAGUCAAUUUUGGAAAUGUCGAAUAAACUACUAAGAUGGUCAAUACAGAAAAAACAUUAGUUCCUAAUCACAAAUAAAAGAUGACAAUGUGUUAAGUUACCUGGAAUUCUCUGCUUAAUCAAAGUACCUUUUAUCCUAACAGUCUGCUCCCAAAAAGUGAAGUGGUUUUCACCCCCACAACUUGUAUUUUUCCUAUUUUAAUGACUAAGCUACACAAAUCCUAACAUUUCAGAGUGUGAACAUGCAAGUACUGUGUACCGUUUUUCAAAGUAUGACCUGGCCUGAUUCAACUGUCUGCUAUAAGGCCACACGUCUUGCUACUGCCUUUGUCAAAGAAGUGAGUAUUACAUUAUCUAAAACAUGAAUCAAUCAAUCGAUAAAUAACGAGAUUGUGUACAAUUUCGCAUCGACUGGAUGAGGAGAACCAACAACAAACUCAACCCACAUAUAGCGUUGUUUCGUUUCAUCGUCGUCUUUGUGUCAUAUCGUAUGUACUCAAUUAAAAGUCGCAAAUGUAGAUAACAUUACCAAUAAAUGCCGCUCUCGAAUAAACUCAGCACAACUCAGCAAAAAGAAAAGCAAGACAUUGGACUUUAAGCAUCUUUCUAUUUUAGAUAAUAUUGACAAAUGAUUCACUGUCAUUGUUUUCAGUCAGGAUUAAAGAAAAUGAAUAAUACGAUUUUGAAAUAAACGCCGUUCUUGAAUUAACGCUGCAUCGGAAACACUUUAAUCGAGUAAAUACCUUAAUGGCCAUUUGGGUGUUGUUACAUGUCCCUGUGGUUAUUGUAAUGGAGCUACUGAUCUUGUUACAUUUCACAACAGUCCUAAGUGAGUUAUGUUGUAUCACAUAGUCAACUGACAUUCUCUUUAUUUUGCCUCUCAAGGUUGUUGUCAUAUCACGUCAACUGACAUCCUCUUUAUUUUGCCUCUCAAGGUUGUUGUCAUAUGCAAAGAAGCUGGAACUAGGUUAGCGGACUCUGUCGUUGAACAGUUGUUCACUCAAGUCUUGAAGGUGGGUGCCAUUUUAAGUUAACCUCUAACAAAAAAUUGCCAUCAUUGACAUUGCUGUGCCUCCAUAGUAGUUGAACGAAACAGUUGAAGGUGGUGAAAAGGUAGUGAACCUAGGACCUGUUAUUUUAACCCCCGGGGGUACUUAAUGGUGAAGGAUAUGCCGCUGGGAAACUGGAACCCUUACCCUAUGCAAGACUUAGUUCAGGUGAUUUGCCAUCUUACACUAGAUUAAACUCACAAUAUCCUCCCUAUGCUAGAGUUGCUCUUUUCCCGCUUUCCCUGGUGUAGAUUGUUUCUUGGAAAAUGAUACCCUAUAAUAGACUCAAGCCCUCUGAUUUCCUAUACCCUACCUAUUAUGUUAACUUUGGUGGCCUUUUCAUUUCGCCAACGCUAUAACCAUAAACUGCUAUUUCCUAUUAUUUCCCGUAUUUUGAACUAACCAAAGACGUACGUGAGAAUUAGGUUAAUGUUGAAGAAGGUGUCCUUAGUUUUGCAAUUAGUGGCAGUUAGUGGCAGUUGUGGAGGACAUAUGGUCUGUCUCUUUUAAAUUCCAAUCGAAUGAUACAUAGUCUGGUAAGUAGUAAAAUUAAUAGCACAUUCUGCAUCUCCCAUUGCAGGGUCUUCACGUUCAAGGUCACUGCUUUACUGAAACGUACCUGACUUACGCUGGACAGACAAUGUACGAACUUCUGGUAAGAAAAUCUAGAAUCUUGUUUCACGUGACCACCUGUCCAUGCCACAUGCCAACCAAUGUAUGGCUUUCCUAUAGAAUGAUGUAUGCCAUUCAUGCCAAGAUCUGUAGGUCUCUAUGUCUGAACGGGGCAUCCACUGGCUAGAGUCACGUGGUCGUAUUGCAGGCGCAGAUAUAUCACCUAUUGAGGUCACAUUUUUAUGUUGUCUUCUGACCAGAUAAUAAUUUUUGUUUGGAACACGAUCUGAAGUUUUUUUGUCAGAUAUAUUUAGUUACCUUAGUAUUGUUUGUGUUUAAUUUUGUAGUAAUUUUUUGAAGUGAAUUGUUUGUGUUAAAUGGGAGCUCCACUUGUAGGCUUAGCUAAAUUUACAUAGUACAGUCUAGAGCUUUCCUUAGUAACCCAUUGAAGUCCCAAUAGUGGCCAACAUCAGUUUUCUCCUAAUAUUUUUCAUUCAUCAUCAAGAGUAUAGGUUAAGAGAAUUUAUAAUAUGAUCACCAAGGAGGACAUGCUUUGAUCUUUUAUCAAAUUCUCUUAACUAAUCUUUCAAGGAAAUGAUGGGGAUCACAUGGGAGAAUAUGUAUGAGGACAUGGGGGCUCAAAGGGGAAACACAUCAGAUCCUCACGAGUCCAUGGUCAUUCUUUGUUACACUAAGUAAACUUUUUAAUUUCAGAGACCUGAAUACUCAUCACUGCAGCAAGUUCUUCUUCAAACUAACUGCUCCUUGGAGGAUUUGCAUGUAUGUUCAUCCAAGAGUCACUAUUUAUCUUAAUAAACUUUUUUGUCAGAGAUAACUGUUAGCAGGUUAGUCCAGUUCUGGCCCCCAUCUCUGUCACGCAACACAUCAAGCAACGCAUUACGUGACAGAGAGAGAGAGGAGCCAGAACUGGACUAUUAGCAGGUCAGAAGCCAUGUUUAAGCCGGGAAUUUGUUUCCUUUAUAGUUACAGGUGGUAAAAUUUCUUUUGUUUGGAGGAGGGUGGAGUUGUGGCACCGUAUGCCAGACUGACAGACUAAUUAUUUAACAAUAAGAUGUUGUUUUUAGGCUUUUGAGGCCAUGUGUUUUGAAGGAAACGAUGUUCCAGAGAAAAGAAAAAGAGAUCAGUUCAAGAAACUUGUGUCUGGAAUCGUAGGGGUGAGGAUAAUACUUUAGUUUGAUUUGUCAUUACCGGUACAUCCUUUGCCUCUCUGUCAAACGAAAGUUAAUUUUGAUUCUCCUCAGGCAGACAUUUCCAAAGGCACCAUCAAUAUUGACAGAGUUUGUUUUUAUACAGCACUGUUAUCACUGUUUUGUUAUAAACCAAAAUCCAACAGAUGCCUACUAUGCAAUCAAGUCGAAUUUGAUGGUAAUUAGCAUCAGAUUUCCAAAGUUCUUUCUCGUCAGGGUAGCUGAGGCUACUUAACCUUUAUGUCCCAAGAGUGAUCAACAUCAAUUUUCUCCCAACAACAUCAGUGCAUCAUCAAUAGAAAAGGUUGUUAGAAUCAAGAAAAAGAUCACCAGAGUCGAAAUUCUUUGAUCGUUCAUUAAAUUCUCUGAACUUACAGUUUUCUUUAAGGAAAUGUAUUGAGAUUAGUUUAAAGAAUUUUUAUGUGGAUGUUGAGGGUUAAAGUUAAUCCCUAUGCCAGGUCUUUACAGUCGAGGCAGGUCAAACGUACCCCCAAGAUUGCAUUAAUGAAUCGAUUAUCUGAAAAUGAAUUCGUUGGUCGUUGCCGCAACCAGUCUCAAAUUCAAAUCUGUAUUCCUGCAUGCGUAAUGAGCAGUGAAUUUUUUCACAAUAACUCCUCUGUGUUCGUUCAGAUUGAAAAAUCUUUGAAUGGAUAAAACUGUUUUGAAGACAUUUGCACCAAAUUCAAGGAAACUGAGGUGGCAGAAAUUUCAUGACUACCGCGCGUGUGAAUUCACUGUUCGUUACGUAUGCAGAGGUGCAGAGACGAAACUGAAAUCCACAACUACCAAUGGAUUAAACCUCCGAAUAUUAAAUUCGUUAAUGCAGUCUUGGGGGUAUGCUUGACCUGCCCUGACUGUAACCUCAAAGGUGAUUAAAAUUUAUGGUUUAUAAAAGUUAUCAUUCUUGCCAAAUAUAUUUCCUCCUUUGAAGUUUGUAGCUGAUUGUUAUUGAUGUUUGUUUGACUUGUAGAAAAAUGUUGCAGAAUUGUUCCAAAAUGAGAUCAAGAUCAAAGACCUUCCCCCGAUAAAAAUCAACUGCACCAAACCAGAGCCAACGGAGGAUCUUACAGGACUUUCUGAUCUAUUUGAGCCACAAACAAGCUAAGAAGUACUGUAAUAAGAUUGAGAUAAAUAUAAUCACACAAAGGUAAAGAAAUAAAGUUAUGGUAUGGACAUAAGCUUUAAAAUAGAGACCUUUAGAUUCUAAGACGAGAACGACCACAAGAACGAGAUUUUCCCAAUACUGAGUAUUGCUCGGGCGUGAACAAGUGUCAUUUUGGCGCGAAAAUGUGAUAGCCGUCGUCAUUCUACUACGAGUUUUAGCGAAAAUGCAGAAGUGGCGGAAACUAGUUAUCAAAUGUUAGAAGUUUUAUCAUUUUGCUAUCGGGAUAGGGCUUAACCUCCUGUAAUAACGAUGACAGUGCUAACUUUUCUGGUGGGUCAAAAGUACGAUGAAGCUUUCCGGGGUAUCUUUUUUCCGAGAAUACGCGAAAAAACUUUAAGUCAAAUCUUAUACUCGUACGGUAGUCGAUCUCAUCCUCGAAUCUAAAGCUCACUAAUAUAACUUAUGUCUACCACAACAACUGUUGCCAUUUCCUUGUCAAACUCAGAAAACCGUCAACAUCUGAAUGUCUCUGGAACGAGGAGACCGCGAAACCACGAACUAAUUAGCACUGCCAUAUGCACUUUAGUUUUCUCAUGUACGUGAUUACACUUUAUCACUAUAAAACGGUAACAUUCCAGAAAAACAUUUGAACCUCCAUUGAGUGGCCAGUCUCGGGGUACACCGGCAAGUGGCUGCUUAAAGGCGGUUGGCCGCGCGAUAGACGUUUCUGAUUAUUAGCAUAAUCUUUAACUCAAACAUCACUUUAAUUUGAUUUAGAAACAAACAUGCAAUGGGAGUGGCAUAACUGAUCCACUAUCAGGGGUCAAAUUAAUAAAACUUUUACAUGGGUAAUUUACAAGUGUAGCUUUUGUUCUCAGACUCUAAAACAAUGGCUACACAUGUAAAUUACGUCUGUAAACUUUUUAUUAAAUUGACACCAGUUGUCAACUUCUUAUCUAUCUCACACUGUAUUUUUCUUAAUCUUCUUUUUAACUUAAAGCCAAAUUAAGUGUAUCAAGUGCUUGAUGGCUGAUUAAUAGAGGUGACCUACAACAAUAGACCUCUUGCCGUGAUGGCCAAAAGGUGGCCAUAUAGGGCUGGCUUCUUAAUAGAGGUUUAAUUUGCAUAUUCUUUUCUACAGAGCUUUGGUUACUGGUCGCUCAAUAGAGGGUCACUCUUUAUAGGUGCAUGGCUGCUUAAAUUUGCCUCUCUGGAGGGUUUCUUCUUAGGAAGUUCUGUAUUGCACUACACAGGCACACUUAAUGGAGGUUCAAUUGUAUUUCUGGUAUUCAUGAAUUUCUGAGUUUCGCAGAAGCUUUAAAAAGUGUUUAUUUAUUUAUUGAGAAGGCAAAAAUGUCGAUAAACUUAUAAAUUAAAAUUAGAACAGGGCUAGAUUUUUAAUUGUUUUCUCACUUUAUGCUCUGUUAGCCAGCGGAUACAAAAAACUAAUCUUUUCCUUUCCCAGUAUGACAAACCCUUAGUCCUACUGUAUUAGUUUUGAUAAUUAUUAUCAUUAGUAGUUUAAACUCUCUCCAAGAAAGAAAGGGGUAAUUUCCACUGCAAGGCCAACUUUAGACUUGUAAUUUGUAACAAAUUUUGUCAAAAGCCUUGGAAAACUGCACCUCAUAAUUAUUAUUUAGA